AUUUGCACUGUAAAAGUGAUGGGGCAGUCAGUUAUGCUGCUUCGUUUCCUGCAAUUUACAGUGGUACCUUGGGUUAAGUACUUAAUUCUUUCCAGAGGUCCGUACUUAACCUGAAACUGUUCUUAACCUGAAGCACCACUUUAGCUAAUGGGUCCUCCCACUGCUGCCGCACCGCCGGAGCAUGAUUUCUGUUCUCAUCCUGAAGAAAAGUUCUUAACCCGAGGUACUAUUUCUGGGUUAGCGGAGUCUGUAACCUGAAGCGUAUGUAACCCGAGGUACCACAGUAUUUGUGUGUGUGUGUGAAAUCCCAUAACUUUUCAUUGGGGAAGCAACACAGAACAACUAAUAUACCCAGCACUAUUGCACUAUUAUUAUGUAAAGAACACGUUUCAGAAUACACCCACAAUAAGACACUGUUCUGGAGGGGAACUAUUUAUUAAUAUGUACUUUUCCUGAUGUUACGUACCGAUCAAGGCAGCUGUUUUUUUUAAAAAGCACACACACCUCCCAACCUUAUAUCUAUUACUAGAUACAAGGGACCCAUGUACAUAUAUAUAGGGCAACUGAAACAGACAGGGAUCAAGCCCACUAGCCCAGAUGGAAGAAUUGCUGCCCAUCUCUUUGCUCCAAGAAUAAGCUGCAAUUUUGUCCUCUGAUUUCACACUGUAUUUUGAAACACCAUGCACCUACAUAUGUAGCGUACUCUGGCUUGAGCUGUUUGCAGUUCAGUCCUUUAUAAAGUUAUUCCUGCAAAAAUAAAUUUUAUUUUAAAAAAUUUAAAGAAGAUUCAGAGGCUUCAGCAGAAAUUCUCCAUACUUUCAUCAGUGUUGAGGUUUUUUUGUUUUUGUUUACUUUUAAGGAAAUCUGGGGAAAUAUUUCUUUAAGAGGUCAAAGGAAAUAUUUCCCUUAAAAACAAAAUCAGUGAGUACACAAAUCUCAGAGAGCAGCCAGCUUCUCGUCUAUUCCAGGUAUGAACUUCCCCCACAGUAUAUUCUUCCCAAAUUCUGAGCUGAUAAUACUUGAGAAUAAGUUUCAUGAUGGAGGUCACCCCUCUCGCCUCAAAUCAAGGACUGUUUCGGGCCGCUUCGGCUCUUUCCGUCAACAGCCGAGAGGAAGCGGGGUGAAGUUUUGGAUGAUUUCCGCCGAGCCGGCCAAUUCGACGCCGCGCGUGCUUUCGCUUUCUUUCGGCUCUUUCCGUCAAGAGCCGUGGAAAAGGAAGUUUGCUCUUCGAGCACGUCCGGGAGCCCCUUCCGUCACCCGCUCGGGAAGGAGGCGGAGCAUCAGACUGGUGUGUUCGGCUCCUUUCCGUCGCCGCUCGGGAAGAAGCGGAGAGAGCUCCAGGCCUUCGGGUCCGCUCGGGCCGUUCUCCGUCGCCGCUCGAGAAAGAGAGGAAGAGGUCCACGCCGUCGGGUGUUUCCGCCUGCCGCUCGGGAAGACUCGGCUCCUGACGGGCCGGGGCCUUCCCUUCCUUUCGCUUCCCUCCUCCACGGCCCGGUUAACGGUCGCUACCAGUUUAAAUGAGACGGGGUCCGGGCCGCCGCCGCCGUCGCGUCACCCACUGAGGCGGAGUCUGUCAGGAGGAAGGAGGAGGAGGGGGAGAGGAGAGGAGAGAGGGGGCGCCCUCUCCCCACCUCCCUCAUCCGGGGCCUGUCCCUGAGGGGGGAGCCGGGGCAGGAUGACUGUGCUGCAAGAACCCGUCCAGGUAAGGACCCCGGUGGCGAUGGGCCUGUAUAUGGGGGAGCGGGGGAAGGAAGGAAGGCCGGGUGGGAGGGGACGGAAGGGGAGCAGUUGGGUUCCUGCCCGCUCUCCUUUCUGCCCUGACAGGGCAAGGGCUCCCUUUGCAAAACCAAAAAAAAUCAAGCAAAGCAAACAAGCAAACAAAAAACCCCUUUCUGCUGGGAGCGGGGGGAGGGGUUUCUCCUUUUAAAAUUUCACUCUCCUUAACGUUCCCCCCCCCUUUGUGGGUGUCGCGCACACACACUUGUUCACGCGUCUCACCCCCGAAUUUUGUCAUUCUCUCCCCCCCCCACUCCUUUCCCUGGAACGUGCCAUGUGGUGUUGUUUUUAGAUAAACCCCAUUUCCUUCCAGAUCCUUAAAUCUCCCACCAGCCACCCUCUCUGCAUUCCCACCUACCCCGAGAAUUACCACUGAUUCGCCCCCCCCCCAGCAUUCUUAGCUGACUGCUCCUUCCUAAGAGAGAUCCCCUCUUCUCAGCCCUCUUCAGUCUCUAUUCUCCCCGCCCCCCCCCACUUCAUCUUCCCAGCAAGGACCCCUGUUCAAUCAGUCGCCCUUUCUCUCGUUAGAACAUAUACUGCAAUAAGUCAUACGAAUAUCAUGCAUUUACAUGGGACGCCCAGUGGUCUUCUUUCCAGGGAGCUGAGCAUUGGGGACCUGGAAGCUGCCUCCUACCAAGUCAGACCAUUGGGUUAUACAGUGUUGCCUGUUGGCAGCAGCUCUCCAGGAUUUUAGGCCAAGGUCUUUCCCAGUUCUGCCUGGAAAUGCAGGGAAUUGAACCUGGGACCUUUUGCACACAAACGAGGUGCUCUUCCCAGAUAUUCUUUCCUUCUGCUUCAUAUAACUAUUUAUUCUCUUCACUUUUCCCAUGAAGACUCUUCUCUUACACACUUGUAUUCCAUGCUUAGAUCUCCUCCUGUUCUCCCCUACCCUGUCAUCUUUGACAAUCAGAAUGUUAACAUACAAACACUGAUUUCUCCCUCCAGAAAACACUACCUGGAAGAGCUCUUGUUGAGCUGGGGUUGUGUUGAGGAGGUCCUGCCUAUAUGGAGCAUAACAUUCUCCAAUUAUCUAAAGACAUCCACAUGUUUUCAGCUCCUCCAUUGCAGAAAGAAAACUGACUAGGGCCAGAUCGGAACAAUAUUUCAUGAGUCCAGAAGCCUUGAUGAGAUCUUCAGGUGACAUAUCUGGAUGGAGUCGGACCAACCUGCAGGCAUUAGGGCGUGUCAUCCAAAUGUUAGAAGCCUAGCUGACUAGGCAGCUGGGAUUUUUAAAAUCUUCAGUGUACAGUGGUACCUCUGGUUGCGAACGGGAUCCGUUCCGGAGGCCCAUUUACAACAUGAAAAGAACGCAACCCGCAGCGGCUUCUCUGUGCACGCGGGGGUUGUGAUUUGCUGCUUAUGCGCGUGCCGUCAUUUUGCGCGUCUGUACAUGCGCGAGUGGCGAAACCCGGAAGUAACCCUUUCCGGUACUUUCGGGUCACCAUGGGACGUAACCUGAAAGAAUGGAACAUGAAGCGGACAUAACAUGAGGUAUGACUGUACUCUGCCUUCCCCUUCUUUAUUACAACAGUGCUGACCUCUUGUUCUCUUCUCUCAUGUUCUUUUAAUCCUAUAGGGUUUUCUUCCCUCCAGCCCCACAAAUAUUCUAACUCCAUGGAAUCAUUUGAUACUAUGUGCACAUAUUCCAUGUAAUGCAUUUUCUCUAUUUUGUUGCAUGGUCUCCUUAUUUACUCUGUACUCUUCCUCAUUUAAUUUAUAAUUCAGUGCCAUCUUUUCUGAAUGGCAAGGUGAAAGCACCUUCAAAGCUGACGUAAAAUGACUCUCUGAUUAUUUAUUAUGUAGAGCUGAGCAAGGUAAAACCAUGCAUUCCUGUUAAGAUGGAAAAUCUUAGAAAUGACCUCUUCUCUCACUUCUUUCACUCUGACCUCCAAAAGUUAUGCCAAAGGAAAAGGUUAUGUCAAAGAUGCUUGUGCUCAUAUUUUUUCAGGUCUCCACUGAGAAUUGUGGGCAGCUGCCAAGCAUGUAUUUAGCAAUGCGCCCAAGUAAGCAUUCAGUCUAACUUAAAGUGUGCAUACCACUGUGGCUGUCAUACUGCAGGGCAUAGGCAGUUACUUGAAAGGUAUGAGAGUCAGCCUUUGCCAAUCUGUUCUUUACAAGAGGAUUUUGAUGAACAGCCUUGCUGAGACUCUGGUUGACCUCUGGAAUGGGGAAAUGCUUUUCCAUUGACACAGUUGUUUCUGAGUGUCCUUUCUCAUAUCGAACAGCCAGGUUGACUUUUUGUUUUCCUGAGGAGCCAAUGGCAAUGCAAUGAUUGUCGAGUCAAAUUUGAACUCAUUGAUAGAUCCACUUGCUGUAUUUCUGGCAACUGUUUGUUAUUUCGUUAUGGAAUGUGUACAGGAUUCUUGGGAGUGUUCAGUUGAUCACAUGACCUUUGCACAUCUUGGCAUCCAAGGAGGAUUGGCUGAGUUAGUGAGCAGGAGGCGGGAAGGAAGCUACGUCAUAUAGCUUAGAAAGUGUAGUACAUUUUCUGCUAAAGAAGCCCACUCUAGAUUUCAUUGUGUUGGCCAAUUACAGGGCAAUGUCCACUUUCCAUUCUUUAGUAAGAUGUUUGAGCAUGUUUUGGUGGCCUACCUCGAAGAUUUGCUGAAGGAGACUAAUUAUCUUGAUCCAUUUCGUUGUGGGUUCCAUCCUGGUUUUGGAACGUAAAUGGGUUUGAUAGCUUUGAUGGAUGAUUGUAGCUCAGUGAUAGUACAUCUGCACAGUGCUAGGUUCAGCUCAUCACUUCUUCAGGUAGGCCUGAAGAAGAAGAAGAAGAAGAAGAAGAAGAAGAAGAAGAGUUUGGAUUUGAUAUCCCGCCUUUCACUCCCUUUAAGGAGUCUCAAAGUGGCUAACAUUCUCCUUUCCCUUCCUCCCCCACCACAAACACUCUGUGAGGUGAGUGGGGCUGAGAGACUUCAAAGAAGUGUGACUGGCCCAAGGUCACCCAGCAGCUGCUUGUGGAGGAGCGGAGACGCGAACCCGGUUCCCCAGACUUACGAGACUACCGCUCUUAACCACUACACCACACUGGCCUGGGAAACAGCCCUGUCAGAAAUCCUGGACAGCCUCUGCCAGUUAGUGUAGACGAAACUGAGCUAGAUGAACCAAUUAUAAGACAGCUUCUUGUGUUUCUUAACUAGACAAGGGCAGUGCAUCUGUUUUGGGUCUGCUGGAUGAUUGUCUUUUGAUGCCAUUGACCAGGGUCACUUUGCUGUGGUGGGUUAUAGGGGUACAUAUUACAGUGGGUCUGGUCCUUCUCAGGGCAGAUUACAGAAGAUAGUGAAGUGGGGGCAUCUGUUCAGUGACUUGGUUUGGGGCCUAUGGUGUCCCACAGUAUUCCAUCAUGUUCCAUUUGCUAUUUAGUAUCAGCGUGAAACUUCUCAGAAAUUAUUUGUGUUUGGUGUUGGUUAUCAUUAGUAAUAUGUGAAUGAUGCACAACUCUGUAUGAUCUCACCUACAGGGCCGGGCAGGUCCUGAAUUGUUGUCUGAGGUCAGUGAUGGGUUGCAUGUGGACAAACAAGUUGAAACACAAUCUAGACAAGUCAGAAGUGCUCUUGAUUAGUUUUCCAACUGAACCAGUGAGUGUCAGUGUGCUCUGGAUAGGGACAUCGAAAAAGUAUGUUGGAAACUCAAAAUGGGAGUAGAAAUUGCGUCAAUUUGCAUGCUCAUCUGGCGUGAAGGAUGGAAAUCAUGCAAGUCUGCAAAUGUUCUAUAAAUAAAUAAUUGUUUCCUACAUUGUUUAUUGAUGUUUUCCUUCCAUUGAAAUGCAUUGAAACUAAGUACAUAAUUAAGUAUGUUAGUUUUGGCCGCAGCAGAUAGUGAGAUCAAUAAUAUAGGUUUUAAUGCAAGUUGAACUGUAGUGGAAUAGAAUCAGUGCUGUUUGUGGUGAGCACAGGAUGGGACAGAAAUUGCUUCCUCCUUACAUCCCUAGUUCUCAAAGAACUUGCAUGCUCCUUAACAAAUCAGAUUUGCACUGCUACAAAGCUGAGCCUUGCUUUAGGAUGCCUAGGAGGUGUCUGUGGUGAGGAACACAAUUGCUCAGCUUCAGCUGGUCUGCCAACUGCACCAGAGUGGACCUGCUCAUAGUCACAUCAUGUCUUACACUGAAUUACUGUACUCGGAACUGCCCUUGAAGACUGUUUGGAAACAAGCUAGUGGAAAAGUUGCUUUAGGACUUCUGACUGGUGCCAGAAUUCAGGAACAUGUCACACUGUUAUAUCUACAGCACUAGCUACUAGUCUAUUUUGUGGUGCAAUUCAUGGUGCUAGGCAUGACUUUUAAAGCUCUUGAGGACCUAGGACAUAGGCAGCGAACGGUUUGCGCAGGGAUUAUGUUCUGGACCCCUGCACACAUCUGCGGGGCCAUGGAAGGCUACCCCGUUCCGCCCCCUUUGGUGAUGUUUUUGUGACUUUUCAGGGCACUUCCGGGUUUGGUACAAUUGUGCACGUAUUGGACAUGCUAAAACGGUUGCUGCCUGUACAAUAUCUAAAGGAUGUCCUCCACCGUUACUGAUGUGCCCAUCCUUUCAGAUCAUGUUGUGAGGCCUUCUUGCACAUCCCUUAACCUUCUGAGAGUAUUAUUAGUGAGGAUAUGAGGGAAGGCUAUUUAUUCAGAAUGUGAAACUCCAUGCCCUGGCAGGUUCAUUUGCUAUAGCUUUGCCAGUGUUCCAUCACCGAGUUUCUUUUCGGGCAAACUUUUAAUUUAUGCAUGUAAAAUUCUCCUUGUUCUAGUCUUGGCUGUUUUUUUACUGUUAGCUUUAUUUCUUGAAUUGCUGGUUUAAAAAGUAUUCUUAUGUACUUGUUAGUAUUUCUUGUAUAAUGCAAUAAAUUUAUUGCUUUUAUUGAUUUGUCAUGUAUACUACUUUGAGCGCCUCCAUUUUAAAAGUGGGAAUGUGGGGUACAAAUAUCUUAACACAUUUGUGCCCUAUUUUUUGCCUAAAGAUCUGAGUUGAUCUGAUAUGAUCUUUAUCCCUGGAUCAUAAAACAUACUGUGAUCUUAUUUGUCUGUGCUCCCCUCCCCUUCCUUUUCACCCCCCCCCCAAUUUUCUUUUUUGUUAACAUUUGCCUCAAGGGCAGGAGGAGAGCAUGUCAGCCAAAUCAUCUUUGUGUUUCAUUUCAACUGCACACGCUAAAAGAACCUUUAAGUUUUCUUGUGAUUUCAGCUGCAUUAUUCUUGAAAUGUUUGGCUUUCUUUUCAUGUUACUUUGGACCAUCCAGUACUUGGACAGUACUAUUGGUAGCUCUUAACUGUACUUCUAUAACCCUUCUUGGAAUUGGUAUGCUAAGUCCUAUUCUGCCUUAUUUAAUUUUUUCUUGGGUAUUUAGAGAAAAUGUUAACAUUUGUUGUCUUCCAGCUGUAGCCACACUUGCAGUUUCUUGUGAUACUCUAGUGUAGGAGUCACAACUUCAUGUUUUAUGCUAGUGAAUUUAGAAUUUUUAGUUUAUGCAUAGAUUACAAAAUCUGGUCGUUCUUGCAAAAUACCCCCAAAGUAGUCUUUUAUCACACUUACUUUAAAAGGAGAAGAAAAUCAAGUAACCAUAAUAGCUAAGGGGGUAAUGUGAAUAUAUGUGGCUGAAACACCUGCCUACCUGCUGUGUGUCAUAUGUGGUCUUUCAAUCCCUGACAAAGUGAAUUUUCCAACAAACACUUUAUACAUAGUUAAUAAAUGUAUGUGGUGUUCUUGAUUUUUGUAAUGUGUUAUAAUGGUGGAAAUAGGUUUGUUGAGGGUAAUUGAUUGGACACACUUCUGAAAUGAAGUGUAGGCCCUUCUAGUCGACACCGACAGAGGAGUAGAAAUAUUCCCAGAUAAAAUGCUGUUCAGGGUUGUAGCAUAAUAUAUUGUGAAAUAAUGAAUAUUUGGGAACAGGAAGGACAAUAAUCAGCAAGGGAAGAGAUACAAGAUAGAUAGAAAAGUGUUUAUUUUUUCGUUUUGUUUUUCUGUGCAUUUAGUAUUGGUUUAUAGUGCUAAUCUUCCUUUCUCUCUCCCUCCUUCCCACCCUUUUCAUACAGGCCGCUAUAUGGCAGGCACUUAACCACUAUGCUUACCGGGAUGCCGUGUUCCUGGCAGAGAGAUUGUAUGCAGAAGGUAUGCAUCCGCUGUGGUUACUGGUCUGCACUUUUUGUGAAUUUAUCUGUGUAUUUUGAAGAACUUCAAUUUCUGCAUUGUUCAUUAGGCUAUAGGUGGAUGUCAGUACAGUCGUACCUUGGAUCCCGAACGCCUUGGUACUCAGACAUUUUGUCUCACGAACGCCACAAACCUGGAAAUGAGUGUUCUGGUUUGCAAACAUUCUUUGGAACCAGAAUGUCCAAUGGGGCUUCCGUGGCUUCCGAUUGGCUGCAGAAGUUUCCUGCAGCCAAUCAGAAGCCGUGCUUGGGUUUCUGAACAUUUUGGAAGUCAAACGGACUUCUGGCAGGGAUUCCGUUCGACUUCCAAGGUACACCUGUACAGUGGUACCUCUGGAUGCGAACGGGAUCCAUUCUGGAGCCCUGUCCACAUCUUGAAGCGAACACAACCCGCGUGUGCGCGGGUCGUGAUUCGCCACUUCCGCACACGCGCAUGACAUUAUUUUGAGUGUCUGCACGUGCGCGAGCAGCGAAACCCGGAAGUAACACGUUCCGUUACGUUCCACAGAGCGUAACCUGAAAACGCUCAACCUGAAGCAUAUUUAACCCAAGGUAUGACUGUAUUGUAAAUAAGCAGGUAUGGUUAGGUGCAGAGUGUCAACAAAAAGUUGGCUAGUGGUAUGUAUGUCUUACAAUAUGCUUAAAUGGUUAAAUAAAAAAAUGAAAUAUGCGUUUUUUAAAAAAAAUUGAACUAUAUUUUAAGACUGCUAUCAGGGAAGGUGGAGACAUUGCUUAAUUUUUAUUUUUAAAAGGUGUGUCAGGAUUCUAGUUUGUUUGGGAGCUCUGCCUUCUGUUUGGAAGAAAGUAUUGCUCCUUAAUUCCAAAUGACAACUUUAGGGAUAUCUUACUUUAUUUUAUUAAAAUAUUUUGUAUCUGCUCCUUUUGAAAAGGGGCAUGGCCACAAGUGGCAGGGGGGGCUUUUGAGACCAAUACUAAUAGCACCUGGUUAAAGGGGUUGAGUCUAUGAGUACCUAGAAUAUGUUUUAAAAACUUAUUCCAUUGGUUGUAAUCACUGCACACCUCUUAACCUUGAAUAGGCUGAAGUACAUCAGUGGUUGUCUGUUAUACAGCAGAUCUUAUUGUCCCUCAUAAGAUGCGGAUGCACAGAGAUUCUAUGCCCUAACUAGCUAGUAAAAGAUUAUAAUUGAUGUUACUAAUCCUUCAGUUCUCUUUGACAUUGGAAAUCAUAUUUAUAUGGCCAGGAAUAGAUAGAUAAACUGUUUGCACUCAGAGGUUUAAAUGAUGGAUCUUAAUGUUCUCCACCCCACCCGUUUCUUCAGUGCACUCAGAAGAUGCCCUGUUCCUAUUGGCAACCUGUUACUAUCGCUCAGGAAAAGCAUACAAGGCAUACAGGCUUCUUAAAGGACACAGUUGUACCACCCCACAGUGUAAAUAUUUGCUUGCCAAGUGCUGUGUUGACCUCAGCAAGUAAGUUGUCUUAUUGGUUUGUUGGUGCUGCUGGAAGUUGUAGUUAAUAUUUUUAAGAGAGUCCGAUGCCAUUUAUUGUCCCAUCAGAUCUUGGGAUAAUAGCAUAAUGAAAUUCAUUUUCACUUUCAGAUGUGGCCAGUGUGCUAGAAAUCACUAAACAUGCUGAAGGUCUUGUAAAGGAAAUGGUGAAAAAAUAUAGAAAUUUCUUCCUAGAUCAAGAAUGAAAUUUUAUACAAGUGUCCAGCUAGGAGUUUUAAAAUGCUAAAUUAGAUGAGCUGUAAGUGUUAAGCAUCUGGGGGCACUUAACAGUCCUAUGAAACUGAUAAAUGUUUGAUGCCUGUCAUCAGCAAAUUUCUCUCACUGAGCUGUUGUGAUAUCAUGGAUUUUCUAAAGAUGAAUAUGUUAGCCACACAGUUUUGACAAACCAUAGAUUUAAUGAAGAAAGUGUUUGGUUACUGAAGUAUGGGGAGCCAAAUGGCAGGAGAGCCAGGUGGUAUGGAAUUUAAAGAACAGAGAAUCUAGAGACAGGGUGUUUUGAGCGAAGGGAGCAGGAUAGGAAGAGAGCAGGGGACAGGAGGAGGCAUGGGAAAUAUCAAUGAAGUUGAAGAAAGGAGAGGCCAGUAGGAAAACAGCAUGCAAGAGCCAGAGACAAAGAUUUUAUGCUUACCUCUACCAUUACAUUGCCCAUAGCAGUGCAAAAGAAAUUGGCCUGGUUUGGAUGCCCAGCUAAACCAUCAUGGUUUAGCAUAAUGGGAGAGAGCAGCCACAGGCCUUGCACUUGCGUGCUCCCCCCCUUUUUUUUCUGGUGUGGUCACAUGGUUUCAGAUGGUUUCACAUCCAGUUUUUUUGGUUUUUGUUUAUUUCUUCAUUGAAUUUAUAUAUCGCCCUAUACCUGGAAUUUUGAAUUAACUGCAGGAUGUUCUGUCAUCCAAACCAGACAAAAUCAAGUUAAUAUUAACGAUGUUUUUGUUUCGUUUUUCAAAAAAAGAAGGCAGAUUUAUCCAUAACCAAUUGGUGCUGGCAGAUAUGCCGUAAGUGAUCCAUUCAUAUUGCUGAUUUUGUCCCUGAAAGCAGGGAUGCUUGCUUCCACACAGACAUCCUGAUUACCCUAUGCAUUAUUAGCAGCAGUGCCACUGAUAGGGUGCACAUUUUUGUGGGUCCAACAUGUAGAGAUGCUCUGCCUAGAAUGGCUUCUGUUUCUAGAUCAUGUUAGAGCUAGAUAAGCAAGAUAGAUUGUUGGAGGUGGAGUGGAAUGUUUAAAUAAUCUGAAGCGUUUAUACUCACAAAAACCAUGUGAGGGAGUUGUGUAUCUGAGAGCACCCACCUUGUCUGUGGCAGAGCUGUGAACUGGUUUGGGCUACACCAUCAAUGCUUCUGUAAUUUUUAUUACCUUAUUAUCUUUAAACAGACUUGCAGAAGGAGAACAGAUCUUGUCUGGUGGUGUGUUCAACAAACAGAAAAGCCACGAUGACAUUGUGACAGAGUUUGGUGACUCUGCAUGCUUCAUGCUUUCGCUCCUGGGGCAUGUAUACUGGUAUGACUUUUCUUUUCUUUUUAGGGACAAGCUAUCUCCCCUAGAUUCCUCCUUUUCCCAAAACGUUUUUGCACUGCUGCUUGUAGGUGCGCAGUUCUUAGCUCUCAGUUUGGAGACAUACAAAUUUCCCUAGCAAAAAGCAGCAUAAAAAUUACUUCUGAAUCAACACCUUCAUUUGUGAUGUAAAGCUACAGGCUGAUAUAAUUAUUCUUGAGCAGAUCUACUUAUGCGGGAAAGGACCAGUCUGUUAGAUGGGCCUGUGGCCUGAUUUUAUAAGGCAGCUCUAUAUUUAGUUUAGAAUUUUUUUGGUCUUAUUGCAGAACUUUGCUACUCCUUAGAAUACACAUCCUAAGAACUAUCAUGUCCUACGGGAUGAACACAUUCCCAGCUUUUAAAGACUGUCAGUACUUCAAAAUACAGGAGCAGUCUUGCACAAAGACCUUAGGAAGAGUUGCAAGUUUUACUCUGCUGCAUUGUUGUCCUGCAUUUCAAUAUGUUUUGGGCUCACAAAUAGCUAGUCAAGAUUUAUUAUUGCUUUUGAACAUUCCCUUCCCCCAACUUUGAGAAGGGACAAAAUCUCAUCCUUGAUAUCCCUCUGAGCUUCAGAGGCAUUUGAAGCAGUAAGAAGGCUUGCUUUUUGGCGGCUGCACUGAGAGCCAACCAGGAGGUCAGAGCGUGCUACUGUCCUCUUGCAGAGCCUAGGGAAAGGUGUAGUCUGUGAUCUUGCAAUCUGGUUUGGAGGUAUUUGGAAAGCUUCUAAAUGCCCCCAGAGUCCAGUGCAAGUUCAGAGAGUAGCUACCAUGUACUCAUCACUGGAUAGAAUAUUUCUGGACCCUUGCUGGUCCCUGGUGCUAAAGUACAAGGAUUGAUAAAGAUGUCUUCCCUUGGGCUUCCUGCUCAUUUUGAGGUAAGAAAUUCUCUUCCAGAAUGGAUGUGAAGCAGUUUAAGCAGUACCAUUCUUCAACAACAACAACAACAACAACAAAAACCGGUUUUCCUGUUGUUUUUACUGAAGCCAUGUAGAAAUGUACAGUUUACAUAUGGUGUGUGGGAGAUGCUCAAGUUGCUCAAUUUGGAAAAAUACAAAUGCCCCCAUUUCCAUGCCACCUAACAAAAUAAUGGUAGCUGAUUGCAGGAGAUAUUUCUGUGGUUAUUUAUGCAAGCUGUAGAAAUAGCUCGUUGUUCUCAUUUUCCUGCAGAAUCUCUCCUCAUUGUUUCCCCCUCCCUCUUUCUCUCUUAACAGCAAGACAGAUCGGCUUGCCAAAGGAUCUGAAUGUUACCAAAAGAGCCUUAGUUUAAAUCCUUUCCUCUGGUCCCCUUUUGAAUCACUAUGUGAAAUAGGUAGGUUUUGCUUAACUCCUUCCCUGGGAAUAGAUGGGUUCUUUACCAUCCUUUGGAAUUCAUGAUUUGAGUUGGAGGGAGGGUAUAAGGAGACAUCUCACUGAUUUCAUCCAGGUCUACUGAACAAUUGAAUUCUCUUACGGCAGCAGCGUAUGAUGUGGAAAACACUUUUACAAAAACCUUUUCCUUGGCGAUUACCGUUGAACCUGGGAUUGAGCAAGAAUGGGACUGGAUACUUCUGGUUGCUUUUCCUCCUCUCUCCUCAGAAAUGGCUUCAUUGUUUUUGUUAAUGUAUUCCACACAAGCAUGGAGUAUGUAUAUUUCAAAUCCCAGUGUCUAAUCCAUGCCUUUCAGGGUUCUUUCUGGUUUAUUUCCAGCGGUGAAGCCAGUUGUGCAAUCUGAAUAUUUUUUUUAACUUGGUGUUUCAUUGUAUCCCAUCUCAAGGGACUGGCAGAUAGAUAAGUAAAUAGAACCAGAUCCUCACAAACACUAAAAUGAAAUAUAUCAUAUGAAGUGAAACCGGGCAGCUGCUGUGCCUGCCAACCAGACUGUGGAAUCUGUUUUGGUAGCACACAGUUGGUUUCCUGUUCUGGAAAAGUGACAAAGUAUCUGGUUUCUCUGGAGCCUGAGAAUUCAUGCUAUCUCAUCUUCCUUUUCCCAUAAACUUGACUUUCCCCAUGUUACCACUUUAUCAGCAUAUGACUCUUUAAAACAAAACAGAAAUGUUGUGUUCCAGGUUUUCAGCUGAUCUUUUAAGAGUUCUUCAACCCCCCUGAGUUGUUUCCCAUUGCCUGGAGCCAAUCUCACCAUGAUGUGACUUGAAGCGGUAGUUUUGUUGUGACAGGUGCAAAAGGGGCAGGGCCACAAGCAGGGCAUAACAGCCUCAUUGGCAGUACCAGGGCUAAGCUGGUACCGUGCAGCUGUUUGGCCCCUCCGUUGGUUUUUUGUACUAGGGGCAUGCAUGCUUAUGUUUCAGACGGAAAGGUGAGAGUUUUGUGGCAUUUGCAGGCUGGAGGCAACCCACGGAAUGCAUUUGGUUCCUUCUUACUUGAUGCCCUCUCAGUCUUUGCUUCUGCCAGGAAGAGUUGUCUCACAGUUGUCUUGAGCUUGCAUCAGAGCUGUUCUUUGAUUGAGUGUGCUAUCACAGCAUGCCUCCUGCAAGUUUCUGACUCAAACAUUCAGGUUUAUGCCUACUUAGGAUAGGGUUGCCAUAUUUCAAAAAGUAAAAACCAGGACACCCCAAAAGUUGUUCAGCUUUUUUAGGGGAACCCCCCCUUUAAAAUUAUUUUUACAAAAAAAUAAAAAAAACCCGCGAUUCUUCAGCAUUUCCCCCCAGACGUCAAUUCCGCCUUCGAAAUCCCAGUAAUGUCCCGGAAGAUCUGGACGUAUGCCAGCCCUAAUUUAGGAAUAUUUUGCUAUGGAUUGCCAGUCAUUUGUGUUCAUGGUGUGUAAGAUGUGGGCCAUAAGUCACCCUUCCCAAUACUGAUAGGGUUGUGGAAGAGGGCAGUUGCUGCAGCCUGCUCUUGAGUUCCUGUGAUGCAUGGUAAUCUUGGUCUUCUUAAAACAGUUGUAGUGUGCUGCUGUUGUGUAAAGGAGUAUGGGGAAAACCUGGAAGACGUUAACAUGAAAUGUAAUGUUGUGGAGUGUCUGGGCUGGAUGUAAACUGUACUGGCCCUCUGGAAACUCCAUGGGUUGAAGUCCUGUACAUCAUUUCCAUCUGUGCCAUUUACAAACAAAAGCAGAUAUAUGCAUAUCUUCUUCUGCCUCUGCUUCAAAUGCAAAGAAAGACUUAAAGCAGUGCUGCUGCUACCACUAGCAUAACAUGUAGGGAAAGCUAGACAUCUUCUCGUCUGGACAGAUUAGUGUUAAAAAUGCAAGAUGAAAACUUUUAAAGUCAUAUCAGCCCUGUUUAGGUUGGUUAUUUCAUUUAUAGGGAAUAUGUAUAAUUUAUAUAAAAGGGCCCAAGAUGAAAGGUGCACAUUGGUGUUAGACUGUACAUUUAACAAAACUAAGUAGAUCAUGAUGCUUCCAAACUGCACAACUCCUGCUAGGAUAUUGCUUGGAGGAUAGACUUGUCAAUGCUUAUUAGUCAUAGUAGCAAAAUGAAACUUCUGCAUUUUGGAGAAAAUCCAUUUCAUUGCACAUAAUACUGGGAACCAACAACAGGUGAUUGCCAUUCCUACCUUGUCCACUUGUGAUCUUCCUGGAGGCAUUAGUUAAUGAGACCUGCUUGGGAAGGAUAGGAAAAAUAUUAUCUGUGAAUGGAAUGGUAACUUGGAGGCAAACACUGGAAAUUUUGUAUGGUCUUACACUUUGUAAAAAGUCAUGAAGAUCCAUGCCUUCAAAUGCCUUUGUGGUGCUGGGAAGUAGUGUAUCGGUAAUUUUUACCACACAGUCUACCAAUGUAAAUUCUAAUCUGAUGGCUUGCAAAAUAAGGCCUAUUCAAUUCUGCUGGAUCCUGACUUUUACUCAGAUAUGGUAGAAAAGCAAAAUGUGUGUGUAUGUGCACUCCAUCUGUCUGUGUUGGAGAGUAAACUGGAGGGAGAGAAGCAACAGGGCAGGGUUGCCCAAAGCACUUUCUAAAAAUUCAAAAUCUUUCACAGGCCCAAAAUAUAUUUCCAACCCAUGGUUUAGUGCCCUAGACUAGAUCUCUACCUGCAGGCAUCUGGCUGAUCACUGUUGGAGAAAGAUUAACGCAGGACUAGAUGGAUCUUGGCACUUCAUGUAUUGUUAGUGAUGCAUAGUAAAAUAGCUUCCCCCUGGUGGAAAUAGUAACAUCAGCAGUUAGGUCUCUACCAGCUUUCCUGUAACACAGAGUCUUCAGUAAUAAUGUGAAAAGUAUUUAAGGAUGUGUUUGUGAAGAUGUAUGCCAUGCUCUAAUUGUUAUACUUGAUGGGUAUCUUUUUUAAAAACACAUUUUAAACAAUUGGAUAUUAACAGCACCAUGUAGCAAUAAGUUCAGACAGCAGUUCCAUACUGUGCUGUUGUUGGGGGGGGGGGGCAACACAUAACAUUUUAAUCUCUUCAUUUGUGUCACAUUGAAAAGAAGCCUUUUCCCUUACCCCAAAUCCCUUUCUCUUCAUUCACAAAGGUGAAAAGCCAGACCCUGACCAAACAUUCAAGUUAACAUCUAUACAGAACUUCAGCAGCUGCUUGCCUAACACCUGCACAACUGUGGUGUCUAAUCACAGCAUAACCCACAGGCAGCCAGAGACAGUUCUUACGGAAACGCCGCAAGACACGCUUGUAAGUUUUUAUCAGCCAUAUUUUACCAUCAUUGCUUACACUGAGAGUGAUCAUUGGGGGGGGGGGGGGGAAGUGUGCUGCUUUUUCUUAUUUUAUUUUUUUUUCUAUUUCAGGAAUUAAACAGACUCAACCUGGAGUCCUCCAACUCUAAAUAUUCCUCCAACACAGAUUCCUCCAUCUCUUAUAUUGAUUCGGCUGUAAUUUCACCAGAUGCUGUACCUCUUGGAUCGGGAACUGCCUUCUUAACUAAACAGGCUCAAAACAAACCAAAAACUGGCCGGAGUCUUCUGGGUGGACCAGCUGCUCUGAGUCCAUUAACACCAAGGUAAAGAAAGAAUCUGAAGUAUCCUCAAGGCUGCCUACUGAAGAUGACUAUAAGAAAAACAGCAGAGUCCUGUGACACUGUAAAGAUUAGCAAAAUUACUGUGGCAUAAGCUUUCAUGGAUUAGAGCUCACUGUUUUAGAUGCAUAGUCACACACAUUGGUGCAGGAAAACCCAAAUAUUUUGUAGUAGGGGCUAUGAUAUAUUAGAGGUCCAGAGGAUCUGUGACAUCUGUAUAGAAAGUUUAAAUGUGUACAAGAACCAUAACCAUUCACAGCAGCAGUAAUUGGUGACUACAUAUUCUUCCCAGAUUUGCUAGGUGGUAGAUAAAUCCAUAGGUCUGAUUAAGACCUAAAUUAAUAGAGUAGAAUUUUCUGACAAACUCUGGUUCAGCUAUUUCUCUGAGAACUCCCUUUGCACUCUUUUGGCGGCUUUCAAGUCAGUAGGAUAAUGUUUGGAUAGACUUGAAAUGUUAUUCCACCGAUUUAUAAACGCUGCCAUUUUUAAGUGAUAUGUGUGUCACUUUUUAUUCUCUUGGACAGAGACAGAAAAGUUUGUCCUGCCACUGCCUGCAUAAAUCAAAACAUCCAUUUCUAUAUUCUCCCCUGCUUUCAUGUGUUUAUGCCUCUGCUGAAGUGUACAAAUGCUUAAGAUGCAAUAUCAGAACAGUCCUGUGCAUGUUUAUUCAGAAGCAGGCCUCACACUGUUCAGGGGAGUUUGUUUUAAGUUUAGGAUUGCAGUCUGAGUCUGUUAAUUUGGAAGGAUUCACAUUUUUUUUUUAGUAGUUACUGCUGUAAUAGAAAAAUAUAGCUACAUUUCAGGAAUUGAUAUAAGAAGUGGGGCUUGUGAGCAUUUAGAAGCACUAUUUGACAAAAUAAGUUACAGUGUAUGAAGUGUUGGUAUGGGAGACCCAAGCACAUAGGGCUUUCCUGCUUGACCAUGAAUUGCAUGAAGGUAUGCUUAGGAGAGUUGUCCUCUUGACCUAACAUGCCACAUGUGAUUGUUUUGGUGCUAAAUUUGUUAGUUUCCUCUAUUUAAAACCACACAUGCACAUUGUUUUGAACAUGGUUGAUGCCACCAAGCUGUAUACGAAUACUGCAAUAUUAUAUGAAAGUAUUGGGAUAUAUGUGAAAAAUGUGUGUUUGUCCUCAAAGAAUUAGAGCUUCUUUUUACAUACCUUAUUAUUGUUGAUCACUAGAACUUCUUGCUUUUACGUCUUCAAGCUUGUGUAUGUAACAAUGAGGAAACUGUUUGUCUAGAAACUUAUUUUCACUGGGGCUUAUAAAUUCCAUUGCCCUGCAAUUUGUCCUUAGUUUAUAAAGUAAGAUUCUCUCUUUCCUCCUUGCCCGCUCACUUCUCUCUUUGAGGAAUCAUGCAUAUUUUCAAACACUCUUGUAUGUUUUCUCAGCUUUGGAAUCUUGCCAUUAGAAACCCCUAGCCCGGGAGAUGGAUCCUAUUUACAAAACUGCACAAAUUCUUCUUCAGUAAUUGAUGUGCCACCUCCAGGAGCCCCUUCCAAGAAGGUACCUUGCAUUCAAGGGUGUGCAUGUGAGAUUGAAGGCAAGGAAAUAUAAAAAUCUGGAUAAUUGUUCUAAAAAGUCACAAGAAGAAAACUUUAGUUUUGUCAAAGCAACUUGAUGGGUGUUCAGUUUCUGUGUAUUUGCUCUCCAGUCAGGGGCACCAGCUCCUGGGGCCGAGCCCUUUUGGGCCUCCCCAAUAUUUUGGGGGUGAGGGCCUACCUCCCCACUUUCCAAAGAGCGCAGGGCCAAAGCAUGGAGUAGCUCCAGUGGCUAGCUUCUUCUUCUCUUCCUCCUCCUGCCGUGGAGGGGAAGGAGGGUUGAAGCAUCCUCCCACCAAUAGCAGUGCUGGCCAUUGAAGCCAUGCAGCUGCUGCUUUGGCUCCACCCUUGGCUUCUCCCGGCAUUCUAAUGUCAUGCACAUGAUGUCGGGAUGUGUGGCAUCACGCACGUGACAUUGCCCCCCCCCCCGUCGCCCUUGCAAGCUGGCGCCCCGCCUCCAAUUAUUUUGCAGGCAAACUCUCUACCACAGAGAGAAGUGGUAGACACUGUCUGAUUGCCUUAUCUCUGAUACAAUAACUUCUGCAGUCAAUAUCUUUGAACGCUAACCAAAUAUUUCUUUUAUUUUCUAAGGUUGUCUUUAAAACUAGAACUUUUGCAAUGUUCUUAUAAAAGUUACCACCAUUGUCUCCUAUUGUUAAUGUCUGUUAAACGUAUUAUUUGCCAAAGUCUGGUCAUUGUCCAGUGCUUCUACUACAUAAAAUGGGAGCUUCUCCAUAGACUGGUGUGGAAGUUAAUGGACAGUUGAAUCAGGCAUUACUAUUUUCAUUGACUAUUUCUCAGCCCCAAGGUUGGCCACAAGUAUUGAUAUGGUUAGCAAAUUUCAGUCUUCCUAAAAAGGUGGAUUAAUUCAAAAUAACUUUGCUUUGUCUUGUUUCCUGGUUUAGAGAUAAUGUAUGUGAUAAAUUUAAGUUUCCCCACCCAAAAAAAAUCUCACUGGAAUUAAUAGUGCACAGGAUUGUGCACAGUUGCCCUGAUUUAGUGAAUAUAGUGUGGAAAUAGGUUUUCUUGGGUUGCACUGGGUCUGCCUAUGGUGUGAGGAAAAGGGAAAGACUUUGCCUGGCAAUGUGAUAGGAUAGCCACCGGUGUUUAGAAAUACAUGCCAUUUUCUGUUUAUCAUGCAGUUCUCUUGAUCACAUAAUGACUGGAUAUUAUUAUUAUUAUUAUUAUUAUUAUUAUUAUUGAUAUUUUAGCAGAUAACUCCUCUUAGCUUUAUGAGUUGUAAGUAGCAAUACCAGUGGUUUUUAAUAACACUGUCAUAGGUCUGAUGCGCUGUUUUUUCCACAUAUAGACUGUCACCAGAAUAAGCCAAGCUGGAACAAAGUCAGUCUUCUCACAAAGUGGAAAUAGUCGGGAAGUAACGCCAAUCCUUGUUGCACAAACACAGAGUUCAGGCCCACAGACAAGGUAUGACAUGUCUUCCUAUGCCUGGAUCAUGAUUUUAUUUAUUUAUUUAUAAACAUUUUAUAUGUUUCAUAGAAUAAAAUUAUAUAUGUAGCUUUCAUAAAAAAUAAUAAAAGUAUCACAUUCAAUAACAUUUCCUAAAAACUAGUUUAAAGCAAACUUAUACAUAAAUAAAAAUAAAAACAAGCUGAGUCCAGGAAAACUGAUCUCUUCUUCACAGUGUACCUGACGGAAGGCAUUUCAGAAGGUGAGUCCUAUAAUUGAGAAGGCCCACUUCUGCGUUGUCACCAAGUGACAAUUCACUGGUCAUGAAACUACCUGCAGGGUCUCCACAGAAGAUCCUAAAGCUCAGCUUGAUCUGUACUGGGGGAGGCAGCCUGCCAGGUAUCUUGGACCUAAGUUGUAUACUUGAGGAUGGCAUGGAGGUGACAAAGUAGACCCUCUUCACUGCCAAUUAUAUACCAAUUAUAGGCACAAUUAUUCACUCUAUGUAUGUUGACUUGCUCACACAAUAAGGCUUGCACCCCAGCUACAGUGCCAGGGAGAGCACUCAGGUAUCAAUGGUCCACAAUGCCUAACCAGUCCGUAGUGAGACUAGGGCCUUGGCAGACUUGCUGGUAUUGUCUUCUUGUUUCUAGGUAAUUUUUUCUCUCCAUCGUUUUCUUUUGCUGUUGUCAUACUGCCCACAUUUCUACUUAGACAUUAGAAUGGAGUGGGUGCAUACCAUACGUGCCCUAAUUUCCACAAGGAGUUGUUGACGGUCGCGCUAAGAAGUUUUGUUUAUUCUCUCUUCAGUACAACCCCUCAGGUAUUGAGCCCAACCAUUGCUGCUCCACCUAAUGUGCUGCCUCGAAGAAGUUCACGCCUAUUCUCUAGUGAUAGUUCUACAACAAAGGUAAAUGGGACUCCAGCUGCUGUGAUGCCCUUGGUGAUUAGAUAUCUCAUAUGUGGAUGGAGAGCAGUUGGAGAAGCCGUAUAUUGCAAUAGUAUUACGAGGAAUUAACAAGGGCCAACAUGAAAAGCAGAAAUGUUUAAGAGGGCUACAAAUCUAAUUAGAAUACAAACAAAUUUAUUUCGGCGUAGAAUCCGCUUCAAGUAGACUGUAGACCAUGAAACUAUGUGCCAUAAUAAAUAUGGCAGACUUUAAGGUGCUACAAGAUUCCCUGGUUUUGCUGCAAAACAGAUUAUCAUGGUAAACUAUGAAAACAAUACCAUUACAGAGAACGCUUCCCUUCUUCAGUUAUAAAGAUCAUAGAGGUCUGGCCUUUUCUGCUGCUCCAUCUGUUCCUCCAUCCCUGGUCAUAGCUGGCUAACCUCUUGUUUUGGAUUUUUACCCUUAUUCCCUGAUGGGGAAGAUCGCUUCUAGAAAGCAUGUAUUCAAGCCAUACAUGCAAAUGUUCUGCAAACAGUUCUACUUUCUGCCAGUAUUCCUAAACUCAUGGGUUUUUCUACCAUUAUCCAGAGUCAUGCAUUUCUUUUCAUUGUUGAGCAGCUCAUAUUGGGUGAGAACUGCUUGGUAUGCAGAACUGAACUCAAAUACUCCUUUUUGUGCAGCUUUCCCCAGUGGAGAUGAGAACAAAGGACACGAUAAUAGAAGCUGGAUGCAAAGCUGUUGUGGCCAUCACAGAUCCCAUUGGUCACCUGGUUAAUACUGCUAUAUAAAUGUGUCGUCAUUUUUGGUAUCUUGUAUUCAGUAAUAGAUAUAUCUACUGCACAAAAUCGCAGACUAGUCCAAAGACAUCAUACUUAAAACGUGACUUAAGUUUCUUCCAAACCCCUGUGUGCUGAUGCUUAGUUUGAUGGCUGCUCCCUCAUUCUUGCACACUGUGUUCUGGAUAGCAGACAGGUCACUCGAGAGCUCUUCUAUAUGAUAGGAGCUUGGAUUGGAUUGCCUUUUCUCCCUUCCAGUUUAGUGAUCCAAAUUCCAGAAGAAACAGUACAUCUAGAUUUCUGUCCCUGAAUAUUAUGCUUUGCUGUUGGUUUUGGUUGCAGGGUAACGAGUUCUUAAAUACAUUUGUUCUUUUCUCGUAGGAAAAUAGUAAAAAGUUAAAAAUGAAGUUUCCGCCCAAAAUUGCAAACCGAAAGACAAAGUGUAAAACCAAUAAGGGAGGGAUCACACAGCCAAACAUAAAUGACAGUUUGGAAAUCACCAAACUUGAUUCGUCCAUCAUUUCAGAAGGAAAGAUUGCCUCCGUAACACCACAAAUCCAGGCAUUCACGUUACAGAAAGCAGCAGCAGGUGUGUGGACUGUUCCUAAGAAUUCAUUUGUAGUAGUUAAGCCAUCCCAAAGGCUGGGGGUGGAGAAUAAGACAAAAGCGGGGGGGGAGCAGUUAGAAUCAUGGCAAAAUAGUGCAUUUAAAACCAUUUCCCUUUCUGAUACAGUUAGAAUGAUGUCCAGAUUUUUGGCAGACAUAUAGAAUAAUCCAGUUAGCAGUUUCUUGUAAUGUGUAACUUUGGCUCAGAGUCAGGAUUUGAAUCUAGGUCCUAGUCAGCACCUUGUUCAUUAGACCACAUACUGGCAUUUUAUUUAUUUUCUAUUUCUCAUUUUGGCUUCUUGAGAAUAUGUUCCAUUUUUGAAACUAUAGGGCUUUUAGGCUUGUACUUUCUUAAUCUCCUUUGUUCUCCUGUGUAUUUAUUGCAUUUUUCUCCUAGAAGGUUUGAUGAGCCUUCUCCGUGACAUGGGGAAAGGUUAUUUAGCCUUGUGUUCUUACAACUGUAAAGAAGCAAUUCAUAUACUGAGUCAUUUGCCUUCUCACCACUACAACACGGGCUGGGUACUGUGCCAUAUUGGAAGAGCUUACUUUGAGCUUGCGGAAUAUAUGCAGGUGAGCGUGAUGUGGAAUGCUUCUAUUCUGUGCUGCAUGCCUGCCAAUGUACUGUAUUUUCAAGAUCACUUAACAUAGAUUUGGAUUACUCUCUCAUCUUUGAACUAUGCAACAUCAGUUCCUAGUUUGAGGAGGCCUCUGCAUAGUUAGUGCCUUUCGUGGGACCCUCUCCUACAUACCAUUCCCCAAGCGGGCUUAACAGCAACAGGGCUUCUCUGGUGCUGGGCAGCCUAUAUGCUUAUGCUCUAUCUAUUAGAGUAGAUUUAAAUUUGUGGUCAUGUAUUAACAUAUGAGAAGGCAGCAUCUUCUGUGCAUGUAUGGAAGGGUUGUCACCCAGAAGAUGGAUCAAAAUUGUUAUUUUUUGCUCUAGAGGGCAGGACUAAUGGAUGGAAUGAUUUCAGCUAAGUAUUAGGGGAAACUACAUGUAGGUAAGAUCUGCAACAGUAUGUCUUCGGAGGUGGAGGUCGAGGCAGAAUGGAUAACUGUCAGGGACGCUGCCAUGGUUACAUCCUGCAUUGUGCAGAAGGACCUCCAAGGUCUCUGUGAUUCUAAGAAAUAAAACCCUGAUGAGAAGCCAUAUGGGUGACUUGUUCACACACAAUUAUCAUCCAAAUGUGAUCAUGCAGAAAGUCUUUUAAUUCAUGUUGUUGAAAUGCCACUUGUUAAUUUCUCUCAUAGGCUGAGAGGAUAUUCUCUGAAGUCAGAAGGAUUGAAAACUACCGAGUGGAAGGGAUGGAAAUCUACUCAACAACACUGUGGCAUUUGCAGAAAGAUGUGGCUCUUUCGGUGCUUUCAAAAGACUUAACUGAUAUGGAUAAAAAUUCACCAGAGGUAUCAUCAUGGGCAUUUUGUUGUGGCAUUUUUUAAAACACACUUCAGUCUCUGAUUCGCUUCUUGAUUGUGGAAAAAGCAAAUUAGAGGUUGGCAUUAUUUUUAAAAAAUCAAGUAUCCACAAAGGUGUUGCCAUGUAAACAGGCACUUGAGCACCUGUUAAAUCCAGACUUGUUGCACUCUGUCUUUUCCAUUACUGCAUCACCUCCUCAAAAAACGGGAGAAAAAUACUAUCGUAUGUCUUCUACCAUUUUGCUUUUCUUUCUUCCAGGCAUGGUGUGCGGCAGGAAAUUGCUUCAGUUUGCAACGGGAACAUGACAUUGCCAUCAAGUUCUUUCAGAGAGCUAUACAAGUUGAUCCAAAUUAUGCCUACGCCUACACUCUCUUAGGGCAUGAAUUUGUGUUGACAGAGGAACUUGAGAAAGCAUUAGCCUGCUUUAGGAAUGCAAUUAGAAUGAACCCUCGGCACUAUAAUGCCUGGUAAGAAAUAUUUCUAAUUAGUUAAAAACCAGGAGUGGGAGAAGGAGAGAAUGAAGAAGCAAAAAAUUUAUGAGUUACAAUAUCCCCAAGGAUAAAAAUUUUAGGUGUCUACUUGCAGUCUCUUUGGGAUCCCUCUUUUUGUCUCCAACUUUACCUACUCCUGACUUGCAUCCAGUUGACAUGCAUCUGUCCUGACAUAGUUGCCUCUGAAAAUGGCUGUGGCAUCAUUAGGGUUCCAUACCACUGCCAGCAGCACGUGAAAAGUUCAUUAUGCCAUUCUCCCCCAGUUAUACAUUCUCAAAUGUGUAAAGCUCAAAACUUUAAGUAAAAAGCCUUAAACAAUAAAACCGUCAAUAAUAAUAAUAAUAAUUAAUUGGCAUGAAACCACCAUAUAUAUUUAAAACUGAGCAUCCUCAAGCAAUCUUUAUCUCUACCAAGCUUUGGAAGCUCAAAAGGGUUCGGCUUUGACAAACAUUUCCCAUGUGAGAUGUUGGAGAGAACAGGGAACACCUCUGUAUCAGCACUGCACCUCCCUUGGGGCUCCCAAGCAGUUGCUUGAAGCAUAAUCUUAUGCAUUGUGCAAUACACCUUAGAUGCCACUGCACUAUAAAAUAUAUAACCAUCUCUCCCCACUUAUGUGAGAGUUGCUGCUCUGCUACAUUUUAUUUGACAAAAUGACUUACUAAAUAUUAUAUUCUUGGUAAUAGGAUGGCACUCUUACCAUGUCAAAGCAGUUCUGAGCAGCUGUCAUGGUUUAUAGGCUUAUAAAGGGUAGGGAGAGAAAAACUUGACUUGGAUUGUAACAGGGAGAGUGUAUUUGAACUAGACGGUGCUGAAACAAUCAUAUAAAGGCUUUGCUUCAAAAUAGGGGAGUAGAAUAUUAACAUAUUGUGUAGAUGCUGUUAGAAUUAUGAAAUCUUUUUCAUUUUACCUGUGUUGCUCAAAGUCAGCCACUCAAUUAAUGUUGUGCACUUACACUCUCAGCCUAUAGAAAGUGUCCUUCCUAAUAAUAUACAAGCUUGGUGCCUAAUACAGUCUUGUUUUAAAAUUGCUAGGUAUGGGUUGGGAAUGAUUUACUACAAACAGGAGAAAUUCAGCCUUGCAGAAAUGCAUUUCCAGAAAGCACUUCAUAUCAACCCUCAGAGCUCUGUCUUGUUGUGCCACAUUGGAGUUGUAAGUAAAUCAUGCUUCAUUCUGCCCCUGGCCUGAACAUAGACAUUGGCAAAUCCAAACAAUGAGCAAGCACUGUCCUUUUAAAACAAAUAAAUAAAUCAUUUCUUUUUCAGGUUCAGCAUGCCCUGAAGAAAUCUGAAAAGGCUUUGGAUACUUUGAACAAAGCUAUUAAUAUUGAUCCCAAGAACCCCCUCUGCAAAUUCCAUAGAGCCUCAGUAUUAUUUGCAAAUGAGAAGUAUAAGGUGAGCCAUUUGCAAUGAGGUUGAACUGCACUUUUGAGUUUCUUGAACAGCAACCGUUUGUGUUUCCUUUGAAAGCUUGGACACACUCUACAGCCAUUGCAUAACACCUGUAGGGCAAUCCUAAACAUGUUAAUUUAGGAGUAAGUUCCUAUGAAUUUGUUGGGUUUUUUCUUUAAUAAAUUCUGUGGGCUCUGGGGUCUGUUCUUAUCUAAUUGCUGCCUCAUACAAGUUGUGUUCCACAGUAGAUCUCGCUUUAUCUAAUGGUUCCUUCCCAAUCAUAUCGCUUAUAGCAAGUGUUUAUGGUAUAAUAUGAUUCCUAGUUUGGGAGAAAGGGAGAAUGGAUAUAUUGAAUUAGUCUGGAUCAUUUAAUCCUUCUAAGCAAAAUAUGCUGACCAUCUACAAGCUGGCACUAAAUUAUUUGACGCUCACACAGUCAUGUGCCUCAAAACUCUCCCAGCUGUUCAUAUAACUCACCUUCCUUUUUGUUGUAAUUAUACCAGCUCUCUUGCCCUGGUUGCUAUUUAUUUCUUGAACCUUGUUAUACUUCUGUCAUCCUGCUUUGGGGAGGAGAGAUCUGUCUUUCCCCCCUCUGUUCAGUAUCUAUUAAUUUCCUGCAUUCCCUGGUCCCUUGUGGGUGUGUUUCAGGUGGCUAGGUGCACAUGAAACCAAAAGCCUUGGUGUUUUCUAGCAAAUAAUAAUAUUACAAAUUCUAAGCCCAUAGAAAAUACAUGUGUCAAACAAUUAACUAGGAUUGCUGGAAGAAAGAUUUAUUUGUAUUGUACCAAAGGUUGUUGUUGUUUAGUUGUUUAGUCGUGUCUGACUCUUCGUGACCAAAAGUAUCAACUCUAAUAUUGUUAUAUGGUUCAUAUUUCUCAGAAAAAACUGCUCAAUGGUUUGGGGUCUUUUUUGGUCAUUUCAGUAUGCUUUACAAGAACUUGAAGAACUGAAGCAAAUUGUUCCCAAAGAGUCUCUUGUUUACUUCUUAAUAGGAAAGGUAAGAACCAGCCUGAGAAUAGCCUUCUGAAUUACAGCUGUAAGAUGGGUUCCCUUGCAUUUUCUGAUUCAAAGAAAAGCAAGGCGAUUGUUGAUGAUUAUGGGAAGGGCUGUGCUAUACAGGUUUGUGCUCAGAGAUUAUGCUGCACCAGGCUUCAACAAUAGGGGUGCCAUAAGGCAAAUAUAAUGAGUGACUAGCCUUCCUGCCAACUUUGAAGCUGCAGAGUGGGGCAAAGGCCAUCCUGGCAAUUGCUUGCCAAUCUCCACCCUCUCUUCACCUUCACUCUUCACAAGGGAAGUUGUAAUUCUGACAGCUGUGCUGCCAAGGAACCUGGGGCAUCUUGGCCAAGUGGGACCAAACUGACACCCCCCCAAAACACUGUGAAGCAGUGGAACAAUGUGGAAUCCUUGAUUGCCACUGUACAAAGAGAGAGGCUUGUGAAGAGGUUUGCUAGGCAGGGGCUAGUGACUAUAAUUUUUGGCUUAGCUAGAAAGGCAAGCCCCAAAAUGUGGAUCUCUGCACACAGAGAUAGGCAAAUAUUCGGGUACCCUAGUCCCAAGCUGUGAAAAGAUUUAAAAAUAAGUGCCAGCACUUUGAAUUGGGCCAAUAAAUGGACAGGAAACUAAGCUGUUUCCAACCUGAUCCCAGUUAGCUGUUAUUGCAGCUGGAAGGUAGGCCAUCUAGGAGAAGGAAAACUGAUCCUAAACAUCUGCUGCCUUGUGAGAUGUCUUCAGGAAAAUAAAAUGCUAAGGAGUAAGCCCUACUCAAAUCCAAAGUGGAGUCCCUAAAAUAGUUGGAUGGUUGUUUCUGUCCAGAAAGGGUUGGAGUUAGCAUGCAGCUUGAGUUCUGUUGUGGAAGGCACUCCAUGGCCAGCUUGAGUCUUGGGAGACAAAGCUGCAUCUGCAAUAUCUCAGAACUGCAAACUUGUUCAACCCCAUAAAGAACAGGUUGAACAUUGUUGCCUGGAUUGACAAAUCACCCUCCAAUAGCAACUCUUGACAUUUAUGUAGAGCUCUAGAUAUUCCCAUUUGGUAGAGGCAAGCAUGUAUUGCUGCAAACAUUUAAUUUAUUGACUUACAUUGGCGUUGAUGAUUGUUGUUUCGCUAGGUUUAUAAAAAGUUGGGGCAGACCCAUCUCGCACUGAUGAACUUUUCUUGGGCAAUGGACUUGGAUCCCAAAGGAGCCAACAACCAGAUCAAAGAGGCCAUUGACAAGCGGUACCUUCCAGAUGAUGAAGAGCCUGUAACACAAGAGGAGCAGAUCAGCGAAUGUUGCCCAUAUGAGUCAGGCAGGUCUUCUUGAUUCCCCCCCCCCCCCCUUUGAGGCAAAUGGAGAGGCUUCUCGUUUGAAUAACUUGAAAGCGUUGUAAUUGCAGCGGUCUUAGCACUUAGCAUGGCUGUUACUUCAUGCAACGUGGAGUCUAAAAUGCCAUUUUCCAACUUUUUAUUCAGGUUUUUUUUUAAAAGCAAUUUGUGGCUCUUAUGAUUGGAAAUUGAUACUUAAAAAAUAAAUAAAUGAGCAUAAAUAAGCCUAAACCACAUGAGGAGGCUUGAGUCUCAAGGGGAGCAGACAUGCUGACAUUCCUGGUACAUAACUGCCAUUUUGCUUACUUCCAUACAGUACCCUUGCUAUUCCUGCCAUCCUCCUCUCGGCCACUGUUAUUUAAAACAAAUACACUAGUAUUGAUGUAUUUGUGCAAAUUAUAGCUUUUACAUAAGGCCACAGAUGAAUAUGAGCUGUGUUGGGUCAGCUCCAGAAUAUGCUUGCAGUCUCAGAGUUUUUUGCUUUUUGUUUUGUUUUGUUGGUUUUUUUUACUGUGGUGUAAUGUAUGGAGCUUUGGACUAGGACCAGAGAGACCCAGGUUCAAAUUCUCCCUCGGCCAUGAAGUUUACUUGGAGUCAAUUACUAUUGUUCAGUCUAAGUCACAGGGGUGUAAUAAAGGGCAAGCAGUGUACACUAUGUCUUGAGCUACUUUAAAGAAAAGUGGGCUGUAAAUGUAAAAAUGAAUGAAUGAAUGGCCUCAACUGGAUAAUGUAUAUGAAAUACUUUAACAACUAAAUACUAAAUGCUUGGCUUAAAUGCUAAAUUGUUUCUGCUAUUAGCAUCACAAACUGACUGAAAGUUUUAUAGGUAGUGCAGGCCAUGUCCACAUAGAGACUGAGAGUGUGGAAACUGAAUUGUGGACAUCUCAGGCAGGAGCAGUUUGCUUAUGGAGAGGUACUGUAUGGUGCUCUUGAGCCUUGCAAGGGGAGGGCAGGUUGGCAAGUAAAAAUAUGUGGUGUACAUAAUAAUGUAAUAUAUCCCAUAAAUUGGACUGGAACAUACUAUUUAAGGUCUGCUAUAGAAUGGUCUGUUCAUACAGGAUUUUGCCCCUACUUUGUGAAAUGUGCAAGAAUUCUACAAAUGGCUUAAUUUGUUUGUGUAUUUUGUUUUUCUUCCAAAAGUUGGCACAGAUGAGUCCCAGGCAAGCAGCAUGACUGACGCGGAUGACACACAGCUCCAUGCAGUAGAAAGUGAUGAAUUUUAACCUCAGAAGGUGGAUUCUGAGCUUGGAUGUGUGUCUGACUGAUACUGUUGGAUUCUUCCCUUCUCCUCCUGCCACAGAAACAGCAUCAUUCUCAUGCUCCACCGACACCCCAGGCACAUCAUUCAUCAGAUUUUAAUUGACACAGAAUUAAUGGAAAUGCAUUUUUGGGUCAUUAUUUGACUCUUUGGCUCUUUCAUCUUUAUAAACAUGAUUCUUUGAGGAGGAAAGACUUUUUUUAAAAACCUCCUUUUUGUUGAGAAACCUAUCAUGGAAAAAAGAUUUGCUAUAUGGGAGCUGAGAGAUGUGGGAAAGUAACUGAUGAAGCAGUUUCUUGUUCCUUCCCCAGAAAUGUGUCUUAGUUUUGGCUCUUUCCUCUUCAGUAAGCAGAGACCAUUUCCACGUUCUUCAGAGACAAGUGUGGAAGUACAGGACUGGAAUGUGUUAAAGACAUUUCUGAAUACUAUUAGAGUGUAACUUAAAUGCCAGAGAAUGUAAAUGACCUUAAAAACAACAGUGUCUCCUGUGAACAAACACAUUACAGAAUAUAUAAAGCCCAGCAUCCCUGCUUUUAGAUUUGUCAAUCUGCCAGGAUAGAGACUUCCAUAAAAUACUUUAGUAUUCCACCCAGGAGUUAACGUUACCAAACUAACUUCUAAAACAUCAUUUGCCGGUAUUUGUAGGCAACACAAGUCCAUAACAGGAUGUUGGUUGCUUGUCGGGUGCUCCUUGCAAUUGCGCCUGGCAGUUGGGAAUAUAAAAAUGCUAUCGCAGUUGUAAACUCCUAGAGAAAAUAAGUGUGUAGAUUUGCAGUGUUGAAAGAAUGCAAUGAAAUAUAUCCACAACAACAGAAUGCCAAGAAGACAAUGGAAGCCUUAAUCCAAUCAAAACCUUACACUGGUGGUGCACCCCCACCUGUUUGCGGCAGUAUCCCCUUCAAAACUAUUUUGUAAAGUGUUGUCUGAAUGAACAGAUGCAAAAAAAAAUAUUGUGCAAUUAUCUGUCUCCUUUUUGUUUUUUGUUUGGGUUUUUUUUUUUAAUCCUGUAAGUUUGAGUACUUCCGAUGUCUUGUAGGAAUUUAGACCCCAGGAGGCUAUUUCUGUGAGGAAGGAUGCUAGGCUGUGUUAAAGAAGCCAAAAUUUUCCUCCUUUGUAGCACUCCUGCAACAAAGGUUGGAUGGCCUUUGUGCAGUGACCAUCAAGAAAGUGUAUGAUAACCUUACAGUUUUAAAGAGCAAAUUAUGCACAAUAAAAUGGUUUAAAUUUCACAGAAAUGUAUUGUGAUCAGUUUCCACAUCUUUUAAAGGCAUCAGCAUAUAUUUUCGAGGGCCUUUGUUGUAUUUGUAAUUAAUGAGCUCAAUUCCUGAACAGACCUGCAGGAGUCAGGCAGACGGCAAUGGUCCUUAUGUAGCCAAAGCAGCACCGUCCAUACAAAAGAGGAAGGUGUAUUAGCAGGUUUGGGGGGACCCCAAGGUUUGCAAGGUUAAAAAACAAGCAGCUUCAAGAAAAAACAAACAAAGGGAUGACCUAAUGGCAGCCCGGUAAGGACAGAACAUGCUCAUUAGGCACAUGGUAGGAGAUAGACUGAGGAGGAACAAAGUGGUAGGAACCCAAAAUUCUCCACACUGCAACUUUUUGCUGCAAGCUCCGCUUGUACUUUACUGUGCUCAUUUUUUAAAUGUUUUAAGACUCGAAUUCGAUACCCUCUUACCCUGGGGUAAGUCCCAUUUAACUCAAUAGGAUUCAGUUAGACAUGCACAGAACAUUGCAAUUAGUUUUGUUUUAGAAGUAGGCGUGGAGAUUGUAGAAAGUUACAAUGGCUAUGCAGAAGUUGAUCUUUUCAGAAAUACUUUUAAAAAUGUGAGGUCAUCUGUUACAUUUUCCAUUUAAUGAGUGGUUAUAUUUUGAAAAUAAGCUGUUAAUUAGAUCAUCUGCUAUGACUGCUGGGACGGGAGUGCUUUCACAUAUCACAAAAUAAGGUCAGCAGACUGGCUUACUGGCUGAAAAAAAGUGGAGCAAAAUUGACAAUUGGAUGAAUAACAAGCAAUUAAGUUUUCCAGAGGAAAUUUUUGUUAGCCAAAGCCCACCCUGCCUCAUUUUAUUUUUUCAAAUGUAAAAUGUUUAUUUGUUGAAUGAGGAUUCUUGGUUACCUUCUUUUUUAUUGCAUUACAUGUUGGAAUUCAUGUU